GCCAAAGUCACCAAAUCAAAAGCAAAAUUUUCUCGGACCUUGUGUUGUGGUGGUGAAAAUCACAGUUUUAUUUUAACCAAGUUUUAUUAAAGUAUCAAAAAUAGUCAGUUUACACAAAAAUGGACACAAAUGCUAGACGUCGAAGGGUCCACACAACUGUCGAAGACACAGAGGCGACCCUUUACAACCACGACUUGAGUUUGUACCCCAAAUUCCCUUGCUCGGAAAUACCACUUUCCGAAUUCGAAGAACUAGCAAUAGAUCGAGUACAAUUAUUUAGAAUUAUCGAACAGGCAUCGUUGAAAGGUCACAAAUACUUCUCAGACGAAUGGAAAAAGUGCAUCAAAGACGAUAUGAUGAAAAACAACCUGAAAAAGUUUGUCCGGCUUUUGAGCGGAUUCAAUGGCCAAACUGAGCUAGAUAUUCAAGCCAGAAGGGCCGACCAUAUUUCACACUUUAUUUUGAGAAUAGCUUAUUGUCGCAGCGAGGAAUUGAGGAAAUGGUUUUUGGCUAGAGAGUUGGAAUGGUUUAAGAUUAAGUUUGUCUCCAAUAGCACUCCAUCUAUCCUCAAAUUUUUACAACUCAACGAACUCAAUUACCAAACCAUUUCAAAUGAAGAGAAAGAAGACUUGAAAGAAUCACUCAUAGUAUGUACUCCAGGCAUGAAUGAUGUUCAGGUCAUGAUGUCCGAAUUCUAUAAAGUCCCAUUCCUGGAUGUUUGGACUCUUGUCCAAAAACGGAGGGUUUUUUUAAAAGAAGGGUACGCAUACAUUCCAAUAAAUGAUUUGGUAGUCAGUAUACAAUCAACAUUUAGAACUACCCUAAGUUCAAAACUUGUUUUGAUGAAUCGUAAUUUACCCAAUCUUGAUGAUGAAAGAUUAAGUAACUUAUUAUGCAAUCUACAUCAAGCCUAUACUGGAAAUGAAUAUACUGUUAGUAAUGAUAAGGAUGCAAUAAAUCCUGCAGACAUAGACGAAUACUCCAAAAAACAUUACCCACUUUGCAUGAGAAAUUUACACGAAACCUUGAGAGCUAAUCACCACCUAAAACACUACGGCAGGUUGAUCUAUGGCCUGUUUUUAAAAGCCAUCGGUUUGAAGUACGAACAGUUUAUCGAAUUUUGGCGUUCGGAAUUCACAAAAACCAUGGAUACUGACGCAUUCAAUAAAAACCAUUUGUACAAUUUCAACCAUCAGUUUGGCAAAGUGGGAAAGAGGGUCAACUAUUCACCUUACAGCUGCAUGAAAAUUAUCAUGUCCAAUGUUGGAGCUGGAGAUGCUCACUGUUGUCCGUUUAGGCAUUUCGAUGUUGGUCGUUUAAGAGCUAAGAUUAGUGAAUGUGGAGCACCUUCUGAAGGUGUCAGUGAGAUAAUGCAGUUGGUGAAUAACGGACAUUAUCAAAUAGCUUGCACCAAAUAUUUUCAAUAUACACAUCCUCAGCCCUCUAGUAAUACCAUCAAUCAUCCUAAUCAAUAUUUUGAGGAGAGCAUGAACUUGGUUAAAGAUAAAACUGAGAAGAUUGUUAGUUAAUAAUAAAAUUGUAAAGUAGAAACUAUUUAUUUGUAUAAUAAUUGUAAUAUAGGCAAACUUGGACAUAGUGAAACGUUAAGGGGGAACCCAGGAAAAUAUUUCAACAGCUUCAAGCAUGUGAUGUCUUGGUAUUUGCUGUUGUUUUUAGUUAAAUCAAGAAGCUAUAUUGGAAUAAGAAAAAUUAUUGAAACUAAGGACCCUCAUUGCGAGCAAUACACAGAGGGGAUAGACUACUGCCUGAAAAUCUUGUCCAAGGGCUAUAAGGCCUCAUACAAGGAACAGGACUCUUGUAAGGCAACAACGAAAUUGGGGUGCACAUUAAGCCAACAGGCUGCAGUGCAUGGAAGGCCACAGCUCCUAGUUUUAGGAUAUAAUUUAUUCUAUUUUUAUAUCUAAGUUGGUUAUACCCAAAUUUGCCUGUAUUUACUAAUGUUCUUUGCAUAAAUUUGAAUUUAUUUAUAUUUUUUUAGUAUCAUGUAUUACCUAUUUUUUGUAUUUACUGUUUAGAAUAUAAUCUGAUUUACUUGUA